AUGCGAUGCGCGAGCAAGGCCGCCGAGAGCGCGUCCGCACGUCUCUGUGCGGACGACGAAGCAGAAACCGCAGCAACUGAUGUCUCAUCGGUUGCUGAAGCGACUUAG